AUGAAUCGCUGCUUGAGAAGUCAUAUUGCUGCUUGGAGACACCUACAAUCACCACCACCACCACCACCACAGAACUCGUCGACUCCAAGUUCUUCAAAAUCAGCCGACUUGUGUACUGCGAUGAUGAUCCAUACACAUAACAGAUCUUCUCAUUUCAAGAGACUUGGAAUUCAUCAGACAUCCUCCUCUAUUACAUCAUCAUCAUCAUCAUCACUACUCAUCAACAAGUACCAUCAUCCUCUCCAUCAUCAUCCUCUCCAUCACCAACAACAACAAGGCUAUCAUUCAAGCCUUUUCAUCAACAAUUUUCCUAAUAGGAACAUUUCAACUCACAUUCAAAAAAACAACUCUCAAGACUCUUUUGCUCCUCCAUCUCCGAUUCAUUCCAUUUUCAAUUUUGAACAACUCGUUCAAAGAAGAGAUGAAAUGAUUGAAAAUAUUAAAUUAAGAGAAUUACAAGAUUCAAUCAAUGUUGAUGAAAUUAUUCAAUUAUAUCAAGAAUAUAUUCAAUUAGAAUCUAAAUGUGAACAUGUUCAAUUCUUGAGAAGAGAAAUUGCAGAAUAUUUGGCAGGAAAAAGAACUUUAGAACAAUUACCAUCUCAAAUUGUUGAACAAUCUCAAAAUCAAUCAGAUUUAACAAAUAAGAAAUCUGAUUUUUGGAAAGACAUUGGAAAACAAUACAAAACACUCAUUCAAUCCUUGGAAAAGGAUAAAACCAAUCGAUUCAAUGCUUUACAAGAAAAGGCUGUUAAAUUACCUAAUUUUACACAUCCACAAGUGAUGAAUUAUUGUAAAGAGAAUUCUAAUCAACCCAGAUUGAUCAAAUAUAUUCAUUCGAAUGAAGAAGAAGAAUUCAACAAGACAACUUUAAAACUUUCACAUUAUGAAAUUUGUGAGAGAUUGAACCUCUUUGAACCAGCCAAUGAAUGUUCAGGUCCAAAAUUCUUCUUUUUAAAGAAUGAAGGAGUUCUCUUAGAGAUUGCACUUCAAAACUUUGCACUUUCUAAACUUUUAAAGAAAGGAUUUAAAAUUGUCAUGCCACCAGAAUUAAUGAAACAACACAUUGUGGAAGGAUGUGGAUUUCAACCACGUGGUGAACAUUCACAAAUUUAUAGAAUUGAAAAUAGUGAUUCCAUGAAUAGUGAUUCCAAUGAUCCCUUAUGUCUUAUUGGAACGAGUGAAAUUGGAUUGGCUGCACUUCAUGCCAAUAAGGUAUUAUUCCUUUCAUCACAACAUCAGCAACAACAACCAUCCGAUCAGCAGCCACAACAUCAGAACCAUGAAAUGUCUUUGAAUGAUGCAACUUUAACCACCAUCACUCCUCCAAAUCAUGGCACCACCACCAACACUAGCACUACCAUCAACAGCACCACCACAUCAUCACCAUUCAUCAAAUAUGCUGGAUUGAGUCAUUGUUUUAGAACUGAAGCUGGUGCUGCUGGUGCUAAAGAUAGAGGUCUCUAUCGUGUUCAUCAAUUCACCAAAGUAGAAAUGUUCAUUUAUUGUACACCUGACAAGAGUGAAGAACUUUUAGAAGAAAUUAUUCAAAUUCAAGAAGAAAUAUUUUCUGAAUUGGGUCUUUGUUUUCAAAUAUUAGACAUGCCAUGUAAUGACUUGGGUAAUCCUGCUCAUAGAAAGAUUGAUAUGGAAGCAUACAUUCCAAGUCGAGGUGGAUUUGGAGAAGUAUCAAGUGCUAGUAAUUGUACAGAUUAUCAAUCAAGAAAAUUGAAUAUAAGAUACAAGGUAGAUUUUGUGAGAUUUAAAUCAUUCUAUCCUCAUACCUUGAAUGGAACUGCAAUUGCUGUACCACGUGCCAUGAUUGCAAUUUUGGAGAAGAAUCAAUUCUAUGAUGAAGAGACUGGUAAAUUGGGUGUCAGAAUUCCAGAGUGCUUGCAUCCUUUCAUGUUGAAUGGAGCCAAAGUGAUAAUGGAAAAGUAA